AUGUUGUAUUGGCCAUCCGAAUUUGGAGAGUUUGGCAUUGUAAAUGCCACACCAGCUGCAGGCAAUGGCACCCCAGAGAAACCAAAUGGCAAGGCAGCAAAAGAGGCGUUCAAUCGCCAUGUUCAGGAAUUGAAGGAGAAGUUUGAGCAGGAUGUGAAUGCGAUAGCAAAUGAGUUUUCAGGACAAGGUGUGCACCGCUCAGCUAAACAGGUUCGAGAUCAGAUCCUCUUUACAAUGGGAGAGAAUAAGAAGACUAGGAGCCCACAUGUUAGCAACGCAUGGGCUCAUGCUAUUGAAGAAGCAGGUCGCCUGGACACGGAAUCACUCUCGAAAAUGUCAUAUGACACUGCUUACCUGAGUUUAUUGGACGAUAUCAAAAUGGGCAUUGUUACUCAGGAAGAUGUAAGCAACCCCCAGACACCUGAGGAUGAAUGCCACUGGAGGGUACUGCUGGAUGGAGUCCUCACUAGUCACAAACAUUGUGGUACCAAGAAGCACAUAGCAUCACCUGAGCUCAGUGCCCACUGGUUGGCAUACCAUGCACAGAACCAGAUUGAAGAAAUUGUGAGUGAUAUUACUAAUAUCCAGCACUGA